AUGCGCCCGCCGCCGGCGCACACCAUGCCGCGCUGCCUCGCGCCAGCCACGCUACUGCUGUGCGUCUGCGCCGCCGCCUGGCGUCCUACCACAGACUCUGUCGAGUUCCUUCCGCGCUCUCGGUCACCCCGCCACAUCCACAGCAGGAUUCACCAUCUACACCUCCUCGGAUGGCACCUCGAAUUACAAGAAAAUAGAGCGAUCCGCUCCCCAUACUACAACGAGUGCAAGUUCUAUAAAGGACGGGUAUUGUAUGAAGAAGGAUCUGCGGUUACUGUGACCGAAUGUGGGGGGCAGCUGUAUGGUCUAUUGCAAGUGAACGGUGAGGAUUUUGUCCUCCAACCCACGAACCAACGCUCCGAGGGAAGCCAUGUGUUGCGACGCCGUGAUGUGUUGCUAUCGGAGAGGCCCACUGCAUACAACCUCACAGGAGAUACGGUCAUUGACCUUGACAUAGACUUCGAGGAUGACCCGCCGUCACCCACGAUGCACGUGCGUCCGCGGCACAGUGACCACUUCGACGUUGAACAUUUUCGAAAUGUGCUUCCCGUAUCGAGACCGGUCUCAGGCGCAAAAGGUCUGUGGCUCGAAUUGGCGAUCGUGGCGGACCAUACAAUGGUCAAAUUCCACGGGAGGGAACGGGUGAAACACUAUAUCCUCGCUAUAAUGAACAUUGUUAGCGCCAUCUUUAACGACCACUCGCUGGAGUCGAACAUGACUCUCGUUAUCAACAAACUGUUUCUCUAUGAGGAAAAGGAUUCAGUAAUAAAAUAUGGCAAUGUUAAGAAGUCGCUUGAGGCAGUGAAUAAAUGGAAUUAUAGACAUCUUAUGAAACUGCCGGCAGAUAGCACAGGUUGGGACGCCACUCUAUGGCUGACGCGUGCACAGCUUGGAGGCCCUUCGGGCUUCGCCCCCGUGGCCGGUGUCUGCUCUAGAACCCGUUCGGCAGCUAUAGAUAGGGACGAAGGACUUACCAGCGCAUUUGUCAUCGCCCAUGAGCUGGGACAUUUGUAA